AUGGCGUCCCAAGACGAACCCGUUUCGCCGACUGGCAAUGCCCAGACUUUCUCACCUCCCGCAACUUCGACGCCAGAUGGACAACGCCCUGGGAGCGUUGUAUCCUCCCACAUGACCGACAUUCCCAGCGAGGAUGAGGCCGACGGCAACGCAUCAACGUCGGCGCCCAAGACGCAUCAAACAAGAGAGUCGGGGUCAGUGAUCCGGCCAGAGACGGCCAUGACGGCGGCUUCGUCCAAAAUAUGGGGAGGCGCCAGGAAAAACUUGGGCGUCGGGAAGAGAGGAAGCGGCACCAGCACGACCAGUUCAGCGCUGGGAACAUCGCCGAGCCUGACAUCCCGCAGCCACGUCCCUUCGCUCACGUCAAACGCCUUUUUCCACCCCAUGAGCUCGCAAAAGCUGCAGGCGCAGCGAGCCGGAGCGUCACGGCCUCUCGCGACGGCCCAGCCACCACCAGCUGCGCCCCAGCCACAGUUUGGGGACCUGCCGGACAACGCAACGGAUAUUGAUGGGAGCGUGAUCCACGACUUUGCCCCUUCGCCCCAGAGACAGCUGCCCUCCCGAGGCACCGACUUCACCGAGCACGACACAUUUGAUCAGGCCACGGAAACCACCAGUCCUACCGGCCACUAUGCCGGCGGGAGCAUGUCAGAGAGCGUUCGACCGCUGCGCAAGGCCUCGGUUCCGGAGAAGGCCCACCCGCAUCUCGACCUGAGCGGAGGCACGACGAGCCUGAGAGAUCUGAAGAGCUUUCCCAGCCCCAUGCUCAAAACCCCCCAGUCGUUUAGGUCGACAUUUCUCCCCGGCAUGCUUGACCGCGACCAGGGCCAGAGUGGUGAGAGUCGAAAUGCGGCUGGCGUGGAAAAGCUCGCCUCCACUGCGUCAUCACCACGGCUAAACCCCAUUGAUUCCCAACUUCGACCCAAGACCGAGAGCACCGCAGUACAGCACAAAUUCGGCAAGGAGCGCAAUUAUGAGUACUUUGAGGGCAACACCAUGUUCUUCUUUGGAGGCCGAUGGCAAAACACCAGGCAAAGGCCCAUAAACGUUGCUACUGGACUCUUUGUGGUUAUCCCUUGCGUUCUGUUCUUCGUCUUUGAGGCACCGUGGCUGUGGCACAACAUUUCUCCCGCUAUCCCCAUCAUCUUCGCGUACCUUGCCUACCUCUGUUUCUCAUCUUUCCUCCACGCUUCCAUUUCAGACCCCGGAAUCCUUCCCCGAAAUCUUCACCAGUUUCCCCCUCUUGGGCCGCAUGAGGAUCCUCUUCGUGUCGACCCCCCCACAAACGACUGGACACUGAUAAAAUCAGCGGAGCCGACGGCUGCCGCCAUGGAGUUUCCCGUCAAGCACUGCCGGACGUGCAACAUCUGGCGACCACCCCGUGCUCACCACUGCCGUCUUUGUGACAACUGCGUAGAGACGCACGACCACCAUUGCGUGUGGCUCAAUAACUGCGUUGGCAAGCGCAACUACCGAUACUUCUUCACCUUUGUCUCAUCUGCCACCAUCCUCUCCCUCUACUUGAUCGGUGCAAGUCUUGCACAGCUCAUUGUUUACAUGAAACAAGAAAACAUUUCCUUUGCCAAAUCCACCAACCACUUCCGCGUUUCUCUGGCCUUGGUCAUCCUGGGAGUCUUUGCUUUUCUCUACCCCGCCGCCCUCAUGGGAUACCACAUCUUCUUGAUGGCCCGAGGUGAAACGACGAGAGAGUUUAUGAAUUCCCACAAGUUCACCAAGAGCGAACGAUACCGUCCCUUUGACCAGGCAAGCUUCUGGAGGAAUAUCCUGGCCGUUCUCUGCAGACCUCGCACGCCCUCUUAUUACCAGUUCAAGAAGAGCUAUGAAAACGGCGAUCAACGACUGGGCCUUCACCGGGACCAACGACCGGUGCUCGACUCUCGAGGCCUUGAGAUGGAUGCCGUCAAGCCCCCUUCACAAGGCGGCUUCCAAGGCCCUGUGGCCCUCCGGGGCUCAAGCCAGGGC